AUGAUGCUGGAACACACCAGAGCCCCGAGCUCAACCUUGACCUAGACCCCUUACCUCCCCAACUCACCUAAGGGCUCCAUGGAGGGCGACAAGUGCAAGGGGCAAGACCCUUGUCCUCUUCAGUCCAUGCAAGAGCUGGGGAAGGGAGACAAGCGGGAAGAGCAGGGGCUGGGUCCCGAACCCCCAGCGCCCCCACAGCCCAGCGAGGAGGAGGAGGCGCUGAUCGAGUUCCACCGCUCCUACCGAGAGCUCUUCCAGUUCUUCUGCAACAACACCACCAUCCACGGUGCCAUCCGCCUGGUAUGCUCCAAGCACAACCGCAUGAAGACGGCCUUCUGGGCAGUGCUGUGGCUCUGCACCUUCGGCGUCAUGUACUGGCAGUUCGCCUUGCUGUUCGAAGAGUACUUCAGCUACCCCGUCAGCCUCAACAUCAACCUCAAUUCAGACAAGCUGGUCUUUCCUGCCGUCACCGUCUGCACCCUUAAUCCCUACAGAUACACUGAAAUUAAAGAGGAGCUGGAAGAACUGGACCGCAUCACGGAACAGACGCUCUUUGAACUAUACAAAUACAACUACUCUUACACUGUCAAGGCUGGGGCCCGCCAUCGCAGCACCCGCAACCUCAGGAGUGCUCUUCCGUACCCCUUGCAGCGACUAUACGCACCGCCUCCGCCCAACCCAGCCCGCUCGGCACGCAGCUCGUCUUCCAGUGUGCGCGACAACAACCCCCAAGUGGACAGGAAGGACUGGAAGAUCGGCUUCCAACUGUGCAACCAGAACAAAUCAGACUGCUUCUACCAGACGUACUCAUCCGGGGUGGAUGCAGUGAGAGAGUGGUACCGCUUCCAUUACAUCAACAUUCUGUCCAGACUGCCCGACACCUUGCCAUCCCUAGAGGAAGAAGCCUUGGGCAACUUCAUCUUCACUUGCCGCUUCAACCAGGCCCCCUGCGACCAGGCGAAUUACUCUCACUUCCACCACCCCAUGUACGGGAACUGCUACACUUUCAACAACAAGAACAACUCCGAUCUCUGGAUGUCCUCCAUGCCUGGAGUCAACAAUGGUCUGUCCCUGACACUGCGCACAGAGCAGAACGACUUCAUCCCCCUGCUGUCCACAGUGACAGGGGCCAGGGUGAUGGUGCACGGGCAGGAUGAGCCUGCCUUUAUGGAUGACGGUGGCUUCAACGUGCGGCCUGGUGUGGAGACCUCCAUCAGCAUGAGGAAGGAAGCCCUGGACAGCCUUGGAGGUAACUAUGGUGACUGUACCGAAAAUGGCAGCGAUGUCCCUGUCAAGAACCUUUACCCUUCCAAGUACACGCAGCAGGUCUGCAUCCACUCCUGCUUCCAGGAGAACAUGAUCAAGGAGUGCGGCUGUGCCUACAUCUUCUACCCUAAGCCCAGGGAUGUAGAGUUCUGUGACUACCGGAAGCAGAGCUCCUGGGGCUACUGCUACUAUAAGCUGCAGGGCGCCUUCUCCUUGGACAGCCUGGGCUGUUUCUCCAAGUGUCGGAAGCCAUGCAGUGUGACCAAUUACAAGCUCUCUGCUGGCUACUCACGAUGGCCGUCCGUGAAGUCCCAGGAUUGGAUCUUCCAGAUGCUGUCCUUGCAGAACAAUUACACGAUCAACAACAAAAGAAAUGGAGUUGCUAAACUCAACAUCUACUUCAAGGAACUGAACUAUAAAACGAAUUCGGAGUCUCCCUCUGUCACGAUGGUCAGCCUCCUGUCCAACCUGGGCAGCCAGUGGAGCCUGUGGUUUGGCUCCUCUGUGCUGUCUGUGGUGGAGAUGGCGGAGCUCAUCUUCGACCUCCUGGUCAUCACAGUCCUCAUGCUGCUGCACAGGUUUCGAAGUCGGUACUGGUCUCCAGGACGAGGGGCCAGGGGGGCCAGGGAAGUGGCCUCCACCCCACCUUCCUCCUUCCCCUCCCGUUUCUGUCCCCACCCUACAUCUCCACUGCCUUCUUUGCCCCAGCAGGGCACAACCCCUUCCCUGGCCCUGACAGCCCCACCGCCUGCAUAUGCCACCCUAGGCCCCCGUGCCCAUCCGCUGGACUUGGCAGUGCCUGGCCCUUCUGCCUGUGCUCCAGGGGAGCCCUGA